AUGAGCGAAUUGAAUGAUCAACCAACAAUUUCAGUUCCCACGGUCAGGGAAGUGCAGCAAAUGUUUGCCGAACUUCUAAGCCAUGGAGAUGACAUAACCUGGGAUCUAUUGUCAGCCAAUCAGGGAGAUAUUCUGAGAAAGAAGAUUAACGAGUUCAGGGGCCAAAAAGACUCCUUCAAUGAUAUUCAUUCAGAGAAGAAUGAAGCUUUUUUCGACUCUAUUUGGUAUUUUAAUAAGUUUUCCAAUGGCCAUUCGCUCACUUCUCUAUUUUUUGUGAUGAUUGUGGAUAAUGUGAGCGAUGCUAAACUGGCCGAAGAAAGUAGAUCCUGGUAUCUAUAUCCAGUCUUCCGUUGUCGGCGUUGCAUUGAAAAUAAUUCCGGCCAAAAUAAGAGCAGUGUGGAUUGCUGUAUGGCGUAUGUGAAUCAGUACGAUACCAUUGAGGGUUGGGAUAACUUCGUGAAAAAUACGCGUUUGCGCCCCGGAAUCAUGGUGACCCCAAAUCGUGGUGUCUACAAACUGAUCGAUGGAAAGGUUGAGCUAAAAACAUAUACCAUACAGGGACGUCUUCGAACCAAGAUGUUAGCCCAAGAUCGCUGCAUAUCUCCAGAAAAAUUGGAGGAAGGCUCUAGACCACCUAAUGAAACUAUUGUAGAGGCGGAUUACAGCGGUCUCUUUGGCAAUUACGCGAUGAAAUUAGCUGGAAAAAUGAGCGAUAGGAUACUCUAUCAGCUGUUGGUUUCUCAUGGCGGAAAAGGAGCGGCUGACCCAGUAGAACUUUCCAAUUCCCUCAUUUUGUUUACCCACAGUGUUAAUAACUUCCGGUUGGCUUCGUUAAUGACUAGAGAUCAUCAUUAUCGCAGCCUUUUAAACCAUCGACUUAAUUCUCUAUCGGAUAAUUUUGACCAUAUUGAUGAUGGACCCUUCGAACCGGGAACCUGA